GAGCGAAGCGCGCCCGUGUGUUUGAGGCUGGACUGCAGGGAGCGAGCAGAGAGCUAGAGAGAGAGAGGCGCACUGACUCCAAAACAGCAAGUGGAUGGAAAGAGCUCAGUGCAAUGGAGAAAGUGAACCACGGCACAGAGACUGGUGCAUUGUAACUACAGGCGAAGGAAAGAGGCGCCCGCACGCGACAGGGAGGAAUGAACAGUAGGAUACGGAGUUUUGUUGAAGAGUUGAGAUUGAAGCGUUCCAAAAUGGCACGGAUUUGCGCCAAUGCAAAUGCGCAUUUCGCAAAGAUGACAUAGCACUUGAGAAAAUGGGAUUCCUGCAGGAACAGAACUCACUCACGACCUGAAUGAGAAGAGGAAGGAAAGUGGAUUCUAUUCAAAUCGGAAUUCAGUCUGGUUUCUGUUUGUCUUUUUUUUUUACUUGACAAGCCUCGGUGGUGAAACGAGGGUGAAAUAUGAAUCUGGGCAAAGCACUUCUGUUUUUCCUCCUCUCCAACUUUGUGACAAUGACUUUGUCGCUAUCCACUUGCACCACUGUGGAUAUUGACCACAUCAAGAAGAAGAGAGUGGAGGCGGUGCGGGGACAGAUCCUGAGUAAACUCCGGCUGACCAGUCCGCCUCAAACAACAGGUCCAAGUCAGGUACCGUUUCAGGUUCUGGCCCUUUAUAACAGUACCAAGGAGCUCAUUGAGGAGCUGGGGAGGGACAGGCAGCAGAGUUGUGGACAGGAUAAUACGGAGACUGAGUACUAUGCCAAAGAGAUUUACAAGUUCAACAUGAUCAAUGGUCCAACAGAGAACAACGACCUCUCCUUCUGCGCGAAGAGCGUCACCUCCAAGGUGUUCCGCUUCAACGUCUCCGCCAUGGAGAAGAACUCCACCAACUUGUUCCGGGCUGAGUUUCGAGCGCUGCGGAUCCCCAACCACGGCGCCAAGAAGAACGAGCAGAGGAUUGAGCUCUACCAGAUCCUCCAGAAAGACGACCCCAAAGCCAAACAGCGCUACAUCGGGGGCAAGAAUGUCCUGACCAAGGGAACGCCUGAGUGGGUCUCCUUUGAUGUCACAGAGACCGUGAGGGAGUGGCUAAUGUACCGGCAGACCAACCUUGGCCUGGAGAUCAGCGUGCACUGCCCCUGCCAUACUUUCAGGCCUAACGGCGACAUUAUCGAGAACACCAACGAAGUGCUCGAGGUCAAGUUCAAAGGCAUGGAGCCAGACUAUGAGGAAAAAAAAACAAAACAAAAGGAGCUGCCUUACCCUCACCUCAUCCUCAUGAUGCUCCCUCCCCACAGACUGGACGCCCAGUCGUCGUCCCGUCGACGCAAGCGGGCACUGGACACCAAUUACUGCUUCAACAAUUAUGAGGAGAACUGCUGCGUGCGAGCGCUAUAUAUCAACUUCCGUCAGGAUCUGGGCUGGAGGUGGAUCCAUCAGCCUGAAGGGUACUAUGCUAACUUCUGCUCCGGUCCCUGUCCUUACCUACGCAGUGCAGACACCACCCACAGCUCACUGCUGAGCCUCUACAACACCCUGAACCCCGAAGCCUCCGCCUCACCCUGCUGUGUUCCUCAGGACCUGGAGCCGCUCACCAUCCUCUAUUACGUGGGCCGCUCCCCCAAAGUCGAGCAGCUCUCCAACAUGGUCGUCAAGUCCUGCAAGUGCAGCUAAAACGUCAGGGCUCGCGCUCGAGGGGGGGCCUGGCGAGAGACACGGGAUGUGACGGUACCCAGUACGACUCAGGAGCACGUGUGAGGGGUUCGAGGUGGCAGUUUGUCCUCCAUGAGUACCUCUUCCCUCUGCUUCAGCCUUGCCCGAGCUCUCCACCACUCUGCUCGCAACCAUCAAGCACCACUUUACUAACAGCGCUCGCAAACCUCCCCCCGCCCCGCCCCCCAUCAGACCUUUUGUCGAUCUUCAGAUACGGCCUUUUUCACAUCGGUGUUUCUCUUCUUUUUCUUUUUUCUUUUUUUUUCGCAUUUCCAGCAUUUUGAACAGCCUUUACCUCAGUGUCACCUGACGUCGGUGUUCAAAGCCCUGUUUUCAACAAAGGAGGAACGCUCAAAUGACCACUGCGUCGCCAAGGGACAUAGAAUAAUUGGAGCAGAAAGUGACUGAGAACGCAGACUGAACUCAAAUCGAAGAGGGGUUAAAAAGGAUUAUUGUGUCACCACGCACGCCACAGCUCCCCACACUGUUUAUUUCACCAUUUAUUUGCUGUUCAAUGUAAAUGAUCUGAGAGAAAGAGAAAAAAACACAUGCUGGAAACCGACGUUUAUUCCCUAGUAUUUCCAUGGUUAUGUUUACCUCUGUAAUGCAACAGGACGGUGAUUCCAGGGAUUGUUUUUUUGUCGUUUUUUUUAAAGUGAAGCCCUUUCUGUUGUAUGAGACGAUGUAUGUCACUAAGUGAACACUUAACUAGAUCACCAACUGUAAAUGUUUUUUUUUUCUUAUUACUCUUGGAAACACCUUUUUUUUUUCUUUUCUUUUUUUAUUAAAAAAAAAUGACCAGUUGGAUAGAA